AUGCUGAACUACGAUCUUACACGUGGAAAGAAGAUCAGAAGAAUCGAUGACACUGCUUUCAAACUAGACAACCUCAGCAGCCGUUGUAUGUUCUGCCAUGCCACGCCGGAUAAUGGAUUUGACGUUGUGUGGGAGAAUGAUACGUAUACCGUUUUCAAAGAUAACAGACCUGCGACCGUCCAACAUUUCCAGGUUAUUCCUAAACGACACAUUGAAAGUGUCAAGUGCUUAACGAAAGCCGACGCCGACAUGGUCAGAGAGAUGGAAUGGAUAGGUCAUCGUGUUUUGGAAGAUUUGGAUGUACCUGCCUCGGAUCGUCGACUCGGCUUUCAUGUUCCUCCAUUUAAUUCUGUCAGCCACUUGCAUCUUCACGUCCAAGCUCUUCCAUACAAGUCUUCCCUCAUGAAGUUGGAGUUCCUUCUUACUCCUGGACGGAAUGGUUCAGACAAGGGUAUCAGUUGGUUUGCUGACGUCGGCCAGACGGUGCGAAUACUGGAGAAAGGUGGUCGUGUUAAGGUUUUGUCGUGUUGA